AUGGUGGUUUAUACGGCUCCGCCUCAAACUGAGGAUAUAUCGGAGAAAGAUUCGGGCAGAGUCUCUGAGGCGUUGGGGAUCGAGAAUGUUUCCCAUCGAAGCCAACAAAUGUGGAAUAUAUCUGAAGGUCUUGUCCCCGAAUCUCUUCGAAAUGAAGAGAACGCCCCAAAUGCUGCUGGCAGUAGUGAUGCAUCAGAUCUUUUUCAUGAAGUGCAGCAGGCUUUGAAUCAGGCUGUGGCAGCUCAUCGAGAAGAGAAAGGCUUGAUUCAAGCAAGGAAAACGGAGGAGCUCAAGGCUCGGUAUGCCUCUAAACUUGCCAAGGCUGAAAAAACAAAGGCCGAUGCAGAUGUAUUUGUGGCUGUUUAUCGGGCUGAUGCCGAAGCGGCUCAGUCACAUAUCCAUGCUCGGGGCUUCGAUCUUUCUGAAGAGAUAACAAAGGCAAGAGAGCUUGAAGCUGAAGAUGAGGCCUUGGCCUCCGAUGAUGAUGACGAUGAUGACGAUGAUGGCAAUGAUGACGAUGACGGGAGCAAGAGUGGGUCUCAGAGUGGGGAAGAGCCCGAUGGAGAAAAGACUGCUCCCGUAGAUAACUAG